AUGGACAAGUAUUGCAAAACCCAUUAAAACAUAAUGGUUAAAUUGAAUCGCAUUUCGAUCUACACCCUGAAUAUUUAACAUAGUAUAGAUCUGAUGGACAUGGAGGACAAAUAUUAUUAGUUGGUGUUCCAAAGUAACAUUAGGUACAUUAAUUUUCUUUAGGCCCUGUACAAAGACGACAUGAAGGAUAACACACAAUUUCCUAAGUCAUUUAAUAAAUGUUUCGAAUUGAAACCGAGCCACUCUCAUUCGUAUUAGAAAUUCCAAAUUAAAAGUCUCCUUGAACAGCAUAAG